CGAUUUUGUGACUUCGAAGGUCUGCCGGAUAAGGCAGUUGGCAAAUACAUCCAUCUACAGUACUUACUCAAUUGAAUCCUGGAUCGCUCACUGCUUAUCAGUCGCCCGUCACCAAAGUCUUUUUGUCUUUAGCCUUCAGCUGCUUCAUGUGAGCUAAUUGUCUGGGACUCGGCGAUGCUUUGAAGUUUUCGUAUUGCUCAAGAGUCAAGAAGGCUUCGGAAGUGAUUAGCCUAUUGUUUUAUUGUCUUUUAUCUCAGGAGACAUGUGGCACUAAUUGUCUUUUGGAAUGGUACAGGUGCGCGUAUGUAAAUAUCCUUCUCCAUUAAAGAGUGCUCUUUGACCUGCAGCCCUUCGGAGUCCUAGUCUCACCUUGCUUCAACCGCUGGCUGGUUGCACCAUAUCUUAAACGCAAUACUACACAAUGAAUGACCAUCUGUUUUCGGCAACUACUUUGCAGACAAAUGGUUCCGCUAAACGUCCCGAUAGCCUCCAAAAAUCGCAAAAACGACCGAUAGCACACAUUCACCCAGCUGCCUCCAAGGAAGCAUUCAAUUCUGUUCAGCCUUCUACCGAUUUCAUCGCCAUCGACAUGAAGCCUUCUUAUUCUUCCUCUCCAUAUUCCUCUGGUUCUCGUUCUAUGCACGAAACGUCUAGACCCUACCCAUAUUUUCCUCCUCGAAGGCCUAUUCAGAGGUCAUUGUUCGCAGACAAACAGAAUCCUCACAUUCCUCCAGACUCAAUGCGCUUUGGUCCUUUAUUACCUCAAAUCUCGCCGACUGCCAACUUUCAUGAGGGGACUAAUCAUACGUAUCUUCCGAGGACAAAUCCUCAUCAUAGUGUCAAACUUUCACCAACUGCGAGGGCGACCCAACCACAGCCCGGAAAUUUGCUAUCUUCCAAGGCCAGCAUAUCCCAGGUCCAACCGCGGCCACAGCCGUUACCCUCACCACUCAAAUCUUUCUUCGAUUUCACGGUGCAGAAUUUAUAUUCUGGAUUAACACAUCUCCAAUCAGCAUGGAACACUGCGCUGUACAAAGAAAGAAAGGACAAAGAAGUUAUGAGAACACACUUAUUAAAAAUGCAACGAGAGCGAGAUAUUGCAUUAGAGCGCGCUCGGGACCUCGAACUCAAAUGUGCGUCUGCGUCGUAUUCAGUUAUUGAAGCCGGUAAAGCAGAGAAGCGACCCCGAGAGGACGAUGCUGAAGGAGAUUACAACGGGUAUUCCGGUAACAUACAGCUUCCGACUCCUCCAGCGUCUGGCACUUUUCCGUCAUCAAAUACUGUAAAUCGACAUCUUUUGAAUGUUAGCCCAGUUGAAACAGAUGACUGGUGCAGUCUUGUAUAUCCAAACGAAUCCUCUGUUUCACCUUCGCCGCCGCCUCCUCCCAUCUCGGGGUGUCAGAUGUUUUUCCCUACUGAUAUCCAUUUAACCUCUUCAUCUCCUGACCCCCCCUCGAAACCUCUUGCAUCUUCGUUUAAGACACCGGUCUCAAACUUAGCAUUGCCGUCCCAUUCUAGCCGGCCCUCUCGACCCCCUUCGCCCACCGGUUCCGACCAAGGGUCUGUUUGCAGUUCGUCCUCUUCGAAAAGAAGGCGACUAUCUACAGAUUCUCUCUCUUCCCACAGCUCUUGUGUGACUGCCUUCGAAACAUUCCUGGAUGAUUCGUUGUUCGAAGGUAGAGCUCCUUCGCGUUCAUCGCGAGACCCUUCUACUAUUGACAUGACUCGGCGGUUGUCCAAUGAGACCAACUCCGAUGACAGUGAAGGGGAAUGUGAUAUGGAUAUUUCGGAAGACGAUUCGAACAGCGAAAUGGAUUUCGGUAGAGAAUCGCCCACGCCCAGCCUGGGCCUUGUCGGAAAGAAGCUCCUAUUUAACGAGGAGACUGUGGAAGAAGUCCGUAUCCCCUCGGAAUCUCUCGUUCAAGGGGAUCGUACAGCCGCAUCCUUUACUGCUGUCCAGCAGAAAGCAAUCACAUCAUCCUUCAAACUCGAUAUACCACGCCUGAACCUUCAAGACCUCAAUCGCAUGUAUUUCAAUUACGACGGAAUCAUCUAUUGUCGAGCUUGCUGCUCCAGAAAACCUCAUACACGCUGGCGUUGCUCAUCCCCUUUACCACUCAUGUAUGCUCGUCAAGUAGAUUUGGAUGUUCUCAUGAACCAUUGUACCUCUCAGCAUCCGGUGGCGUACUCAGAUGUCGCUGGAUUGUCGUUAGAUCAGGUAUUCCGUCUCCAGAAGUUGUUGAAAGCAAACGUCCCGUCCAAUGAAACCUCCACGAUAUGAAUACGUCCUUUGAAAACCUUCUAAGCUGGAUAUGCACAUGUUCACUAUGUUGUAUUUUUUUCAUUCUUUGCAUUACAAUAUUCAUUCACAUACAUAUAUACAGUAUAUAUAACCCGCAUAGUUAUUCAUCUGUUUAGAACGCAUUAUGACUCUAUCUUUCUCUAUCAUCCAACUCUAUGUAUAUGUACAAUAUCGGGUUUUAUGUCUGUCUAUGUACAAUUUCGAGUAGCAACUUGAA